AUGUCUUCAUCAGCAUGGCCACCGGAACUGAAGUCUUGGGUUCAACAAUGUUUAUCGAAAGCGACAGCUUCGAAUAAGGAUGCGGUGAAUGCAGAGCUCAAGCAGAUACUGUUCAAAGCCCAUGCUGAUGGGACUAUCAAAACGACUGAUUGGAGUAAAGUGGAGUUGAAUGCACUCAAGGCCCAGACUCAACGGACAACUCACGUACCUCUACCACCUCUACCACCUCCAAGUACGUCUUUUAAUCCUUCAACUUACCUGUCUUCUCCAGCUGCGGGCGGAUCAGGUACAUCCACGGCAUCGGAAAAGAAGAAGAAAAAGAAAAAGAAUGAUGGGACAGCUAAAUCAUCAUCUUUCCCUACACCCUACCAUUUCACCUCAUCAGCUGAAGAGCAAGAAGCGUUAGCCAGACGAGCAGCAAGAUUCCAGAAACCUGCCGCUUACGGGUCCGGCUCCUCGUCGAUCGCAGGUGGGGUGGACAGGUGGUUUGGAGGUGGCGAGGCGGACGAAUCGUUGAAUGGCUUAGGUAUGGUCCCUGGUCAGGUAGGCAAACGUAAGAUGAGAGGUAAAAUCGGGCUGGGUUAUACGGGAGAGGAAGUCAUGGAGGUAGAUCCUAACGUGAUUGAUUGGGAUAAGCAUACAAUACGAGGAACGAGCACAAGAUUAGAGAAGUCGUAUCUUCGACUGACAUCUGAACCUAAUCCAGCUGACGUCCGACCCUUACAUAUCCUCCAACAAACAUUGCAACUGCUAAAGAGGAAGUGGAAGGAUAAUCAUAAUUAUGCGUAUGCGUUGGAUCAAUUUAAGAGUAUGAGGCAGGAUCUAACAGUACAGCGGAUAAAGAACGACUUCACAGUUGAAGUAUAUGAAAUCCACGCUCGUAUCGCGCUGGAAGCAAAAGACCUCGGUGAAUAUAAUCAGUGUCAGACUAUGUUAAGGCAACUAUACGAACUAGGCAUAAAGGGACACCCGCAAGAAUUUUUGUCAUAUAGGAUUAUGUAUCUGCUACAUACAAGGAACAGGAGUGAUAUGGCUACUCUCCUGGCUCAGCUAACCCAGACUGAAAAAUCCGAUCCUGGAGUGAAACAUGCUUUAGACGUUCAUGCUGCGUUGGCCACAUCAAAUUAUGUUCGAUUCUUUAGGUUAUUCACUACCGCGCCGAAUAUGAGUGGUUAUAUAAUGGAUCAUUUCGUUGAAAGAGAAAGGAUAGCUGCUUUGGCCAUAAUGUCAAAGGGAUACAUGACUCUGACCUUAACGUACAUAACAGCAACACUAGCAUUUGAUUCCGAAGAAGAAACCGAUACAUUCCUCCAAGCUCACGAUGCGGCUAUCUACGUCCAGCCAGCUUCAGCUCAACCAAACAAUCCUUGGAAGUCCAUCAAACCGAUCCCAUUACAUGAGAGGAUAUGGGAUUGUCGUAAAGCGCAUGCGGCUUGUGCGGCCGGUAUCAGUAAAUAUAGAGUGGUGGACUUGAAAGGUCAAGUUGAUUAA